CCCUGUAAGUUGUAAACACACGUGCAGGAAGUAGGAAGCUGGAAAUUUACAGAAACAAUGACUGUCAUAAAAAAAAGUAAUCAUUUACAACAGCAGCCAUGGUAUAAAAGGAACCAUUCAGCACAGUUAAAAAAUAAACUAUUCACAAAAGGACCCAGAGUAUAGAAGGCACUUUCCUACACUGUUGCACAAAGAGUCCUGACACUGUAUCCAAGAUGCUGCUGGUGCUUCUACUGGUGAUGCUGACAUCGUGCACUGCCAUUCCUCAAAAUUUGUCAAAUAAAAUAUUCACCUUCCCACAAGAAACCAACACAGCUCAUGUGAGGGUGACUACAUCAAGACAAGAUCUGAGAGCUGUAACCGUGUGUUUCAGGUCCUUUACUGACCUCAAAAGAGUCCAUUCCUUGUUCUCUCUGGCUACACCCUCUGCUUCCAAUAACUUCCUGAUAUUCAAGGAGGCUCCAAUUGGUUUAUUUGAACUGUGUGCCAGGAACAAAGCGAGUAAAGUUGAUGGGAUUGCCUACAAGUUGAACACAUGGCAUUCUAUUUGUUCCACGUGGGACUCUACCUCUGGACUCAUGCAGCUAUGGGUCGAUGGAGUCCCCUCAAGCAGAAAAUUUACCAGCUCUGGAUCCAACAUCAAUGGACCCAUUAUCAUUGUCUUAGGACAGGAACAGGAUACCCAUGGUGGGGGAUUUGACAUCAAUCAGUCCUUUGUUGGCAUGAUGUCCGAUGUCCACAUGUGGGACUACACCCUUUCCCCUUGCGAGAUCCAGAACUACUCGAAUAAUCGGAGCUUCACGCCAGGCAAUGUGCUGAACUGGAAUGCGUUUGAGUUUCAGAUUGUUGGAAGAGUGCUGAUAGAAAACAAACAAGAGUUGUGUCAAUAGGAAAGAAUUCUGAAUUCUUAUAAGAUUUUAAAAAUCAAUAUCUGAAGUUGGAUUUUAUGUUAAAGACAAAGGUUUAAAUUUUAAUUUUCUGAAAAAGUACAAAAACCUUACUAUCUACGUAUUGCAAUGUAAAUGUAUAUAUCUAAAAUCAAGUCUGUUUUUUUAACAAUUUUUACUUUUCUACACUUUUUCUUUGUUUUUUUUCUGUUUGUCUGAUAAUGUUUGGCGUAACUCUACUGUUUCUUUGAGCUUUUUGUUGUAUUGUUAGUGUUGCAUUAUUGAUGUAAAAUUAAACAGCAUAUUUCUUAAAAUGCUCAGUGUUGAAAUACUUUGGACAAAUAUGUUAUCUUUUUAUACAUAUAACAAAUUGUGUCACUGUUUUCCAUUUCAAUUAUCUAUGUUGGGUUUGGUUUUUUUACUACUUGUGUACUGGAAGCAUGAUCAAAGCAGGAAGUCUUGCUUUUUAUAGUAACAUUUAAAUUCUAUUCAAUAUACAUUAAUUUCUUAUGUAUGUCUUUUGUAAUAGUAUGAUAAUUCAACACUUUUACUGGACAAUCACAAAAAAAGCCGGAGAACUGGGUGGUGUUACAAACACCAUAUUAGUGGACCGUGGCCGGAGGUCUCAUUGUUGAAGAGACAGUGAAUGCA